CCUCACUUCGCUUGAAUUGAGGUUUGCUCUACCUGCAUUCCGCUAGCGACAGUGUUUCCCAAGGCGCCGAACUGUUCUGCCCUCCUUUUCUUAGUGACGUCAUAGUUUCUUGUCGUCAACUUCUAUGAAGUUCAUUUCAAGACGUUCUUCUUCAUCUUCGGCAACCUCCAGCAUGCAUUUCUUUUAUGAGAGGAUGCGCGUUCGGCGGAGAGCAGUCAAUCAACCCCUAAACCUUCUUGGGAGCCAUAGUCGUGUGAGCAGCAAGGCUCGCAAAGGUAGCAAGACAAUUGCUCGCAGAUGGCUACCUCGAAUCAUUUCUCAAUUGAACAGCGGUUGGAGAAGGACGAAGACAAUCUCAAGUUCUAGCGGCGGAAGAAAAAGCAAGAACCGAAAUCAUGAUGGUGGAAAUGAUGCUCUGGGUUUGCGCGGGAUGUCCCCAAGGAUCACGACGGACAAAACCACCUACAAGCGCGGGCGUGUAAACGCGUUCAGGGAAUGGUCAGAAGAGGAAGAUGAAAAUGAGGAGAUGAGCGACGAUGAACUUGUUUCUAAACAAUAUGCAUUUAUGAAGGAGCUGAAGGAUGACGAAACUUCUGAAGGAGGUUCAGUCGGAAAAGACGAAACAGAAAGUUUUGAGGAGGCGAGAGACAAUGACCAAGCUAACGAGGGGCACACAUUCGCGGACACUCGAGCAACAGAUUCAGAAGAAGAGAGCGGCAACAAUAAAGAUUGUGAAGAACCUGCUUUUGACAUGUUCAACACGAGACCACAGGGAAAAACUAACGGGGGACACACAUUCGCGGACACUCGAGCAACAUAUUCAGAAGAAGAGAGCGACAACAGUGAAGAUGGUGAAGAACCUACUUUCGACAUGUUCAACAAGAGACCACAGGGAGAAGCUAUGAGAGAAGCGAAGCACACCUUAACACAGGAGGUGAGAAAAAGUGUCUUCACUGCAACAACGGUUGAAGAUAGGCCUCCCUACAAUUUAGGAAAGCGCGGCAGAAAUUUACGUGUUUACAACAAGAAGGUCAACUUCCACGUAUCCACGGAAAGAGUUGAAGAAGUCCUCAAGGGAUACUGCUGCAAGGCAGAAUGUUUUCAGAAGUUUAGUGCGGAACAUGUGUAUGACAUGCGUCAGAUAUUCUGGGUGAUAAAACAGCCAGAGCAUGUCAAUUUCCUUCUCGCAGAGAUGAGAGCUGCUUCGUACUUUUCAGAUGAAGGGAAACUUGAAAAAUUAAGAGUAACAUUCAACAACGUCAAGGUUUGCACAAGAGCAUGGGGGGGAAAUGUACGGGUGCUCGACUUCACGUGUUGCAGACGUUCGAAAAACUUUCAAGGAUGGAGUACAAACCUAUGAACAUGCGAACAAGCGACCAAGUGGACUAACAACAUCCUCUUUGCUCAUUCUUGCUUGGAUGCAUGAAUACUUCCGUUUAAACACAGAAACCAUACCCAACAGCGAUCAGUUUCAUCUCUCGGACACUCUUCUCCGCAAGGAUGUUUACGAUUGUUUUAAGCGAUAAUGCGAGUCACAUUUUCCUAAAUCUUUCCCUUCAAGUUCGCGCUUUAUGAAGAUUUGGAAGGCGCACUGCCCAAAGGUUGUCAUUCCCGCACUGAAGAGGUUUUCAGUUUGUGCACAAUGUCUGCGAUUCAAGAUGAGAUGCUCACAAACAACAAAUCGUGUAGAAAGAG